AUGAAUAAUCAUUGGGAUGCUUUAUUUGGGGUUAAGCUAACUAGAAAGUCUUCCUUUCCUGUUGUCUCUGUCACUUGUGAUAAGGUUAGCGAUAAGAUUGCUCUGUCUAUCCCUAACCAGGUGAUUGACCACAACAUUGAUGUCAUGGCUCUCAUCCUUAUUGGAAAGUUCUCUGGGCCUACACCCAACAUUGACUCAGUGAGGAUUUUUGAUAGUUGGAGGUGGAAGAUUAAAGGGCAAGUUGAGGUUUUGGACGUCCCUCGCGGUUUUUUCUCCUUUGUGUUCUCAUGCGUUGAGGAUAUUCUUACUAUUGUUUGUGGUGGCCCUUGGAUUAUUGGGAGGUCCUCUUUAACCCUUAGGAAGUGGAGUCCAAAUAUGGACAUGUUUGAUGCCUUUUUUGAAACCAUUCUUGUCUGGGUCAAGCUGUUAGGGCUUCCUCUGAAAUAUUGGCAUGAAGAUAUUUUCAAGGGCAUUGUUGGAGUGUUUGGGGAACUUCUAUCCAUUGAUCCUAUGAUGACUACUAGGAAAAGAAUGGUCUAUGCCAGGAUUUGUGUGGGGGUGUGUAGAUCUAAGGAUCUUCCUUCGUCAGUUGAACUGGUGUCAAAGUUGGGAACAAUAGUUAAAACUAUUGAGAUUGAAUUGUUACCUUAUGUUUUCUUCUUGUGCAAAAAGGUGGGCCACUGGGCAAAGAAAUACCCUCACAAUACUAAGAGAGAUUCUAACAAAGGACCUCUUGUCUCGAAACCCAAACUUGUGGACACAGAAGCUCAGAUUAAGAAGGGUGAUUUUGUGCACCAAAAAGGGCCUGAUGGGAGCCACAAAACCAAUAAGGAAAAUAUUGUUCAACCUUUCCAGAAUAGUGAAGCGAAAGAAAUAGAUCAAGAGGAAGACAACAAAGAGAGUAACCAUGAAGAUUAA